AUGUCCGAAGGCAAGAUCUCAUUCUCGUUUGGCGGCAAGCCAGCAGCCAAGAAUGGCGCCGCCGCUCCUGCCGCUGGUGUCGCUGCUCCCAUGUCCAACAUGGAGCUCCUGAUGGCCAAGGCCAAGGGAGGAAAGCCAGCGGCCAAACCCGCGCCCAAGCCGAUCGGCAACCUCUUUGGCGACGACGAUGACGACAACGCGCCGCGACCACCACCAACCGCUGGACCGUCGAAGCAAAAGAAGCCCGCGGUCGCCAUGAUGUCACGCGCCGAGCGCAAGGCGCAGCAAGAAGCCCUCAAGAUUGACCAAAGUGUGUUCGACUAUGACGGCGUGUUUGACACGAUGAAGGCGGCCGAGCGCGAGCUCGAGGAGAAGCAAAAGGAGGUCAACAAGGAGAACAAGCCCAAAUACAUUGAGAGCUUCCUCCAGGCCGCAGCUACUCGACGACUGGACCGGUUGCGCGCCGAGGAGAAGAUGCUCUCCAUCGAGCGCGAGAAGGAGGGCGACGAGUUUGCCGACAAGGAGAAGUUUGUCACCGAGGCAUACAAGAAGCAGAUGGAAGAGGUCCGCAAGGCCGAGGAGGAGGAGAAGGCGCGUGAAGUGGAGGCGCGGAAGGGCAACAAGGGACCCGGUCUCACGUCGCUCUACAAGACAAUGUUGGACGACAACGCCGCCAAGCACUCUGCUGCCAUGGCGGCGACUUCAAAUGCGGCUAUCGGUCCGUCGCUCGCCAUUAAGCCUCCCUCUGCUCCGGCCUUUGACGACGAGGAAGAGUACGACCCGUUGCUCGCCGCCGAGGCGAAGAAGUCCAAGGCCAAGUCUGGCAUCUCUGCUGAGACUGGCAAGGAAGUCGAGAUCAACGACGAGGGCGAGGUGGUCGACAAGCGCUCUCUGCUCAAGGCCGGCUUGAACAUUACCAAAAAGCCCCAGCCCGCUCUCCCCAACUCGCUCCUGACCGGCCAGCGCUCCACAACAAACACCAACGACAACCAGCCCUACGUCUCUCGCGCGGUGGGAUCAGCAGCGACCUACCAGGAGCGUAUGGCACGUGAGCGCAAGCGCCUGGCUGACCAGAUGCGUGCUCAAGAGGAAGAGAAGCGCGCAGCAGCGGCCCAGCAUGCACGUGACGAGGAGGAGGCGGCACGUAGGCGGCGAGAAGGCGAUGAUGGCGAGGCUGCGCGCAAGCGAGCCGAGGCCAAGGAGAGGUUCAUGGCACGUAAACGCGAGAGGGAGGAGGCCGAUGCGGCCAGGAAGAGGCACAAAGAGUAG